GAUUAUUUUAUUCAGAAUUUCACACUUACCGCAAUCAGUAACUCCAGAAGAGAUCUCUGCUAGCAGCUGAUCGGUCGUCACCCAAGGGCAAAGAGGACGUUUUGCGAGCAAAGUGACACACGCGAACUCUAUCGGUGGCUUUAAAAAUUACCCACAUUGUCCGGAGGAACGCACCGUGAUCCUGUACUGUGACUACGAUUCCCGGAGAACGAGACUGGACCGGUUCGAUCAGAUUCGAUUUUAGCGUGGCGGAAAUGGUCUGAGGGGAUAUUUUGUUAAUUCCAGUUGGGUAUAAUACAGUUUAUUAGGUUAUGAAGCCCGAGUGUUGAACUGUGUUAGGUGUGUUGGAUGACUGCUUUUCGCAUUUUCAAGCAUGUUAUGGUUUGUAUUCCGAGAACUUGACCAACGACUGUAAUUAAGUGCCUAUUUCGUACGAGUGAUCGCCUGAAAUUGAAUUUACAAAGGAAUGGAAUGGCCCAUUUCUGAUGGUUUUUAGAAAAUAUAUUUUACAGUAAGUUCGCAUUGAAGUACCUUUCAAUUCACGUGUUUUUUCACACUAUGCUUCUUGUAUUAUAACUGGUUGGCGGAUUGAACAUAAUUGGAAAGGACGGAACAUGCAUAAGAAAAGUUCUCGUAAAAGUAGAUCGCAUUCGCAUGAAGAUGACAAAUCUCAACGUAAAAGACGACAUUCAGAGGAAUCGAGAAGUAGUAGUGUGGAUAGUGAUAAAUCUCCUGCAAGAAAGAAAAAAAAUAAAGAUGACAAACCUCAGCAGAAGCAUGUACCUUCGAAAGACACAUCAACAUCAGAUGAGUCGUCAUCAGAAUCUAGCUCCUCUUCAUCAUUAUCUUCAUCGGAUUCAUCUUCAUCGUCAUCAAAAUUACGCAAGAAAAAAAUGAAGAAAAAGGCUAAAAAGAAGUUAAAGAAACAAAAAAGAAAACUAAAAAAGCAGCUUAAAAAGCAGAAAAAGAAAAUAAAAAAGGCUACUAGAGCAAUUGAAAAAAGGAAGACUGAUAAGUCUUUAAAGACUGACACAGAGGCACCAAUGAAUGAAGUUGUUGAUGAAAUGCUAGCCGAAAAAUCUAAAGCAAUGGCACCAAUGACCAAGGAGGAGUGGGAAAAAAGACAAAGUGUUGUGCGAAGAGUAUUUGAUGAAGAAACAGGAAGACAUAGGUUAAUUAAAGGAGAUGGAGAAGUCAUUGAAGAAAUUGUCAGUCGUGAGAGGCAUCGAGAAAUCAACAAACAAGCAACUCGUGGAGAUGGGGAUUUCUUUCAGUCCAAACUUGCUGGCGGAUUACCCAAAUAAUUUUUUUAACGUGAACUGAUACAUGUUAAUAAUAAGUGUGAACAAUAUUUUCUUAAAUCUUCAAAAUAGCAGAAGUGGUAGUAAUUUACUACCUUAUAUUUCUAUGGAAUUCAAUGUUAUUCUUUAUUACUUUUGAUUUUCCUGUUUGUUACAAGACAUUUCAAUUGUACCUUUUAUAAUGCAUGCAUUUCAGUUGUUUUUCAUGAAAAAUAAUGCAAUAAUUUUUGAACUUUCCAAUAAACAUGUAACUGUUUAUUUUGCUGGACAAGAAUACCUUGUCUUUAAAAAAUUGUUGGAGUGUUUCUAGAAAGCUAAGUGUUAAUACCUGUUCCCAUCAUGCUUUGAAAGAAAAAUGAGCCACAAAUCAAUCGGUUUCUAUUUCCUUAAAUGUAAACCAUUAUUUUAAGUCUCUAAUUUAAUUUAUGAAUUAUUUUACAUUGUAUCAAAGUAGAUGAUCAUAUUCCUAAAGCGUCAAUAAAUGCAGUUAUAAUUACAACUUAAAAUUACACCUAAAAUUCUGUCAAUGAUUAGGCAUGAUUUGUGAAGAAUUUGUGUUUUUUUUUUAAUUUAAUGCAUAACAUUAGUUUUCUUUGUGGAUUUUCAGUCAAAUGAGAAAAAUUAUUUUGAAGUUCAUGUUUCCUGAUAAUAUGAAGAGGAAACAUUUGAUAUGGGAAGUACAUUAAAUUGAAAAAAUGAUUUUCAAUUAAUUAAAUAUGAUAUCUGAGUUGAUGAAAUAGAAACAUUCUUGGUGGUUGUAAAAAUACUUUCAUGUACUGAUUAUUCUGUGAAUAAUUUGAACAGAAUGAUGAGAGUUUAUUUUUCAAAGAAAGUAAACAGUUGAUCAAUGAAAAAGGGAGCAAGCAGCCAUUACUUUUUACCCGUUUCAGUAUUUACACAUAAUAAAAUUACAAUUCACCUAUACAAUUUCUCAAAAACUGUUGGAGCAUUAUUAGGAUUGAUAAGAUCUCUGAGAAAAUGUGUGAGAGAAGAAACUGAGAAAAGUUCAGUCCAUAGGCAAAACUUCCUUCAAUGUUAAUGUUAUAAUUUUUUCUAAUUUUUACAUUGUAUAUCAGUUGUAUAAUCAAAUUUACAAUAUUACAUGGAGAACCACAUUCACAGUCAUGAUCAGUUUAAUACACCUUGCAAUUAAUAAUUGUUAAAAAUAUUUUUCAUUACAACACUAUUUAGUGAAUAUUCUUUUAAUAUCACAAUUCCUUUCUAUUACAUCCUUCCUUAUUAGUACUUGCGUGCAAUCUGACAAAUUAGUAUCUGUCAUGCUCCUUGUGAAGCUCCCCUUAAAAUUAAAAUAAACUUUGUUAUCAGUUAUAAGGGAAGCAGCACUAUCAAUCUAUUGCUCACAUGUUGGUGCACAAGAAAAGUGAUACAUUCAAAAACCAUUAAAUUCACAGAUAAGUGAAAAAAUAUGUUCAGGUAAUAGUCAACUUUUGCUAGGAAAACAUCCUAAAGACAACUGGACUGCUCUUGGGAUGAAAACUGUUGUCCACCAAAACAACCAUUUUGCGUGUGUUGGUUUUCUUGAGCACUGACAAGAUCUUACAAAAAUAUUUCUUUAGUGCAUACAUAUCUAUACUCAAAAUAAAAUAAAAAUAUGUUACUCGUUAUUGUGUGGUAUACCCCAGUUUAUAUCACUUGAUAAUUGCAAUUUUGGAUGGAAAAUUAUCUUAAAAAAUUGAAAAUAUUCUCGUUCCACAUGUUUAUUAAUUUUUUUAAAUGCAAGUUCUGCAUCAUAUUCUUACUCAGAAGAGCAGAUACAUACUGAAUUGUGAUUUUUUAAUGCAUAAGUGACAAAAUUUUCAUUCAAUAUGUUUGCCUGAGGCCUGGGUUUACCUGCAAAGAUCAUAAAUUCUUCUAUAUGAACAUAUCUAUCUGUUAAUUUAAAAUAUACUUAUUAAAACUAGAAAGUAAUUUUGAAUGCCUGCUCCCGUACUCAAUAUGUGUUAUAUAUUAGGGAUAUGACAUCAAUGUCAAUGAUUUUAUAAAAUCAUCAAUGGGUGUAAUAUUGAGUUUUUGAAGCUGUCAUCAACAUAUUUGUAUGUGGUUGAUUUUUUAAAAAAAGUAUCAACAUAAUAAAAACCUGCAAUGUUUGUCAGAUAUUGAUAAUAUGAAUAUUCUUCAGACCAAUAUGAUCAAGAGUGAAAUAUAAUUAUCCGUUUUCUUUUUUGAUGAAUGAAAUUUAUAUAAUUUUUGAACUAUUCAAUCAUAUGAUAGAAGCUUUCAAAUUCCCUGGACAAUUUUUCACUGAUUUGUCAAUUAAAUUUCAAAUCCCCUUCAAAUGAAAUCAUUCCCAUGUAAACAUUAAUGCAGGUUUAAAAAACCUUGAUGAAUUUGGGGCGAUAUCACAUCCCUAACUUAUAUAAAAACAAAGUCAUAAAGUUAAAUACCUAUAUAUCCGCAGUCUUAGUGCAUAAUAAAACCUUUCCCUUUCGAAGAAAUACUUCUUUGAAAAAGACUAUAUGUAUAUCAAAAUAUAAUAAAACAGUUGAUAGUUUUAUACGUAACAGCAGAUAACUAAAUAUUUCUUUCCUAGAAAACCACUUGAGUCGGCAAGUGCUUUAAAAGGAUUUUAGGAUAGAAAGGGAAAUUAAAAAAAAAAAUCAGAAGAAAAACUGACCUUGUUAAAGAAGGGAUAUUGUAUGUCCAAUAUACAAAACCGAUCUUGGAAAAUGUGCAAUUUUGGGGUAGACAAUAAACAAAUACACAAGAUUAAAUCACUGAUUUAUGCAUUUAUUUACAAACACCAAAGGAAGGUGUAACAUGUCUCUAAAAUUAUCUCAAACAUAUUCACUUUUCAUUGACAAGAAAAUAAAUAAUCAACAACUGUAAUGUUUUCCAAGAAACAUUAGAUUAGCAUAAAGAUGGGGAGGGAAUUGUUACAGCAGAUAAGCACCAACAAAAAAUAUAAUUAAGAGCUUAAUAAACACUGUGGCAGAACAAAGCAAUGCUAUUUAACAAUUUAGUAAGAAAAAUUAAUUGAAAGCAGUUAGGAAAAAUGUUCCCAUAAAUUAGCUAUAUUAAUUUACUAUGUUCAAACAUGUCCUGGGAUUGUUUCAAAACAUUGGCCACGUAUUGACUGCAGCAAUUAACAGGGUCUAAACUGGAUGCCCCAAUAUCAUGAAAUUUCUGCCCAAAAUAUUCGCAAAGAAAAGGAAAAAUACAAACAAAAUUAGCUAAUGUUUAACUUUCAGAGGGUCUUUGGAAAUAACAUGAAAUUUAAUUACAAAUGAUUAAAGAGUUUUUAAACAAAAUAUUAAUAUUUAAAAAAAUCAUAUUUUCUAUGCAUUUACGAACUUGGGGAGAGGGAGGAAUGACUACUAAAAACAUUACAAAACACUUUAUGUUUUCCAUUGUUUCCUUUACCAAGCUUCAACUUAAUGUUUUGUCUUUGAGUAGAAAAUACCAAAAUUAAUUUUAAAGCAAAACACAAUGUCAAAACAAUAGGCACAUGGUGUUAACUAUAAAUUUGAAAAUGAAAAAAAAAAA